AAAAAAUAUAAAAAACUCUAAAUACUUAAUGAACGGAAAAGUUGAGGCCAACCCAGAGAAGAGAAAGCCUAACUCCUCCUUGUAAAGUACAGUUAUAUGAUGUCGUCUGAGGGCAAAAGGCAUUGUUGUCUAACUUUACCUUCCGAUGUACUUAGCAACCUUCCUGAGAAUGUAAUUGAUGGCAUUUUGAUGUGUUUGCCUUUUAAAGAUGCUGUGAGGACGAGCAUCUUAUCAGACAUAUGGAGAUAUAAAUGGUGCCGACUUCCAGAGUUAACGCUUGAUAAAGCUGUUUGGACAACUAAAACUAAUGGAAUGUUAUGUCCAAGUAAAAUUUCCAUUAUUAUCUACCACAUUUUGAUGCUUCAUGUAGGGCCAAUUACAAAGUUUAUCCUCCACAUUACUAGUUUGCGUAGUUAUCUUGAGAUUGAUGACUUGAUAUAUUUUCUCUCUAAAAAUGGCAUUCAACAUCUUGUUCUUACACUUCCAUUCAGUCGUAGCCCAUACAAAUUGCCUGUAUCAUUUUUCAAAUGCUUGCAGUUGCGGUAUUUGACUCUCCGGAAUUGUUUAAUACUUCCUCCACCAAACUUCAAAGGAUUUGACAGGUUAAUUAGCCUGGAAUUACGCAACGUCACAAUUUCUUCCAAAUUUCUUGAAAGUUUAAUCUCUAAAUGCCUGCUGCUCGAGCAGUUGGUGUUGCGAAUCUCAGAACAUUUGAACUCUAUUGAAAUUAAAGCUCCCAAGUUGAGAUCCUUUGACUUCAAAGGCAAUAUAAAAUUUAUUAUUUUGAAAGAUGUCCCUCGUCUUGCAAAACUUUCACUUGCAAAUACUAGAAAUGAUGAGAAGGCAGGAAAAUGUGACAUUGCCAAGUUUCUUGAGUCUUUUACAGCUCUUGAGCAUCUCUACUUGGGUAAUGGUAGUAUCGAGUUCUUUGCUGGAGCAGGUGGAACUGUAUUAAAAAGGUUUCCCUUUAUUUUUAACUGUGUCAAACGUCUUUACCUAUCUGAUUGUUGUCUGGGUGAAUUGGAGUUCAACUCCUGUGUUGUUGGCUUGAUUAGAAGCUUUCCAUGUUUACAAUAUCUAGAAAUUGAGGUGCUUUAUCUUUAUGUUGAUGGUACAUCUGCACUUCAAUCUCUUGAAGUGGAACAUUUCUCGGAUGUGACAUUUAAUCAACUCAAGGAAGUUAAUCUAAAGUAUAUUAAAGGCUCAAAGCCUUUGUUGCAGCUUAUGAAGCUUCUGUUAGCCAAGUCUCCGGUGCUGGUGAGAAUGCUAAUCGAUUCAUAUCUAGAUGAAGAAUCUGCAGCAAUCAACAUAUGCGCUACUGAGUUAUCAAAAUUUCAGCGUGCAUCACCUAAAGCAGAAGUUGUCUUCAUCAAACAAAAUUCUCACUUGGCUAAAUCGAUUUCAGCGUACAUCGCCAAAAUCAGAAGUUAAGUAUGAUCAAGAUUGCCACACUCUAAACUGCAACUUAUGACAUGAAGUGAUAUGUGGUUGUUUAGUUCAAAGAUGUUGUCGGUUGCUGUGCGUUAAUUCUGUACUUAGGUCAUUUCCCAAUGCCAAGCCUGAAGCCUUUUCUCAAGAAUCUCAAUGGAGAUUUGAUGCAACUAUUGUCCCCUAUCUACUAGCACUGAUAUGGACCCUUUAUUGUUAUUAUUUACU